UUUUUUUUUUUUUUUGCUUUAUCGCGUUUAAUGUUUCUGUCCUGAUCGAAUUCUUGUGAGUUCAAAUUGGAUUUUGUGGCGAAGAUAAUUGGGGAUUGGAAGAGAUUAUAUUGCGUAAUCUCGUGGAAAAAGGCCAUCUUGAUGGCGCUCUAGUGUUUAGAUCUUUUAUUGUCUCGUCGUAUAAGCUCCUCUGUGAAGGAUCCGAGUCAAAAGACUUGCUUGAGCGAGUGCUGGAUCAAAGGGUCGGUAUCUGCUCCAGAUUUCCUUAGGGUUUUGUUUUAGAGGGCGCAAUGAGUGCUUCUGAUGGCAUUGGGAGCGUGCCCACUAAUGCUCCGAGACAGUAUGGCAUAACAAAGCCUAUAUCAACUGCCGGGCCGACGGAAGCCGACCUCCAAAGGACGAAGGACUUAGCGACGUUCUUGGCUCAAGCUGGGCUUUACGAAAGUGAGGAAGAGGCGGCAAAGAGAGUGGAGGUCCUGGGAGAGAUUGGAAAGAUUGUUAAGGAAUGGGUGAAGAAAUUAACGCGCCAAAGAGGGUAUACUGAUCAAAUGGUCGAGGACGCAAAUGCCAUCAUUUUUACUUUUGGAUCUUAUCGUUUAGGGGUUCAUGGACCUGGGGCUGAUAUUGAUACUCUGUGUGUUGGACCUUCAUAUGUCAACAGAGAGGAGGACUUCUUCAUCAUUUUGCACGAAAUUUUAGCAGAAAAGGAGGAUGUGACAGAACUACAACCUGUGCCAGAUGCUCAUGUUCCUGUAAUGAAAUUCAAAUUCCGUGGAAUAUCUAUAGAUCUCCUUUAUGCCAGUGUCUCCCUCUUAGUCGUUCCACAAGACUUGGAUAUUUCACAGGGAUCUGUUCUUUACAAUGUUGAUGAAGCAACUGUUCGAAGUCUUAAUGGCUGCAGGGUGGCAGACCAAAUUCUUCGACUUGUUCCUAAUGUUGAGAACUUUCGCACCACCCUCAGGUGUUUGAAGUAUUGGGCGAGAAGACGGGGUGUAUACUCCAAUGUGACUGGAUUUCUUGGGGGCGUUAAUUGGGCACUGUUAGUUGCUCGUGUCUGCCAGCUUUACCCUAAUGCGGUGCCAAGCAUGCUAGUUUCGAGAUUCUUCAGAGUUUAUACACAAUGGCGGUGGCCGAACCCCGUCAUGUUGUGUGCGAUUGAGGAGGAUGAACUUGGUUUCCCCGUGUGGGACCCACGCAAGAAUCCUCGUGAUCGAACUCAUCAUAUGCCGAUUAUCACACCAGCAUAUCCAUGCAUGAACUCAAGCUAUAAUGUUUCAACAAGCACACUCAGGGUUAUGAUGGAACAGUUUCAGAAGGGUAACAAAAUAUGCGAGGACAUUGAGUUGAAUAAGGCAACAUGGAACGCUUUGUUUGAGCCUUACCUUUUCUUUGAGAUGUACAAGAACUAUCUACAGGUUGACAUUAUGGCUGCAGAUGACGAAGAUCUCCGGCUUUGGAAGGGAUGGGUGGAAUCCCGAUUGAGACAGUUGACUCUGAAGAUUGAGCGAGAUACUUUAGGGAUGCUCCAAUGUCAUCCGUAUCCCUAUGAGUAUGUAGACCCAUCCAGGCCGUGCUCUCACUGCGCCUUCUUCAUGGGCCUGCAAAGGAAAGAGGGGGUUAAAGUACAAGAAGGUCAACAGUUUGAUAUUCGUGGAACAGUGGAGGAGUUCAAGCAUGACGUCAACAUGUACAUGUUCUGGAAGCCUGGGAUGGAGUUAUAUGUCUCUCAUGUUCGGCGGAGGCAGAUUCCGUCCUUCGUAUUCCCUGAAGGUUAUAAGCGGCCCCGCCCAUCAAAGCUGGCAACCCAUCAGCCUGAUAAAAACUGUUUCGAGGAUCCAGUAACAGAGCCUGAGGGAGGACUGAAGAGAAAAAGAAGUGUUGAUGCCGAUGAUGCUAGACCUGAGAAAAGACUGUCCAUUAGCCCCAGCAGAGAGAAAUUUUCUUCACCUGAAUCAGGAACGGGUGGUUUUGUCGAAGUAGCGAGUAUUUGUUUAGAGGGAGAACAUGAGGGAGGUAUGAAGAGAAAAAGUAGUGCCGAUGCUGAAGAUGCUAGACCUGCGAAAAGGCCGCCCAUUAGCCCAAGCAGGGGGAAUUUUUCUUCACCUGAAUCAGGAAGGGGAGGUUUGGUCGAAGCACCAAGUGUUUGUUCAGAGGGAGUUCCUGAGGGAGGACUAAAGAGGAAAGGUAGUGCCAAUGCCUAUGAUGCCAGACCGGAGAAAAGGCUGUUCAUUAGCCCAAGUGGGGAGAAAUACCCUUCACCUGAAUCAGGAAGGGAAGGUUUGGUCGAAGUACCAAGUGCUUGUUUAGAGGGUGGACUUGAGAGAAAGAGUAGUGGUGAUGCUGAUGAUGCUAGUCAUACUAGACCUGAGAAAAGGUCACCCAUUAGCCCAAGCGGGGAGAAGUUUCCGUCACCUGAAUCAGGAUGUCAAGGUUCAGGAUGUGGAGGUUUGGUCGAAGUACCAAGUGUUUGUAAUGUCACUGUGGAGGCUGAAGUGGUUAUUCCAUUGGUCAGCAGAGAGAACCAUAUUAAUCAAAUGGGUCUGGGACCUGCCAGGUGUUUGACAUCAGGAUGUGCGGACAUCACUGAGAAGACUCCCCAUCUAGAAAAUGGCGGUACUCUGCUUGGAGAUCUGCGCAGCAAUGAAGAAUUACUGCAGGAGGGCAGAAGCCAGGAUGUGGGUGUAGUGGUGGCCCUUCCGGAGAGCGAGUGCUUAAAGAAAAAUGGAGCGGUGAAAAGUGGAAGUGCGGAUGAGUUAGAGGUUUUGAUUCUGCCGGACCUUGAGACCGAGGUAGCCGUAAAAGCUCGUGGAGGUGCGAAUUCUGAUGCUUCCGGUAAACCAACACUAAGGCACGACUUCUUGAACUCAAAAAUUUAUGCAUUUGGCAUGUUAAAUCUUCUGUGUUCUGUUUCGUUUUGUAUUGUCUUUUCUUUUUUUAUUACAGGUUGAGUUUGACGUCCAUUGCGUGAGAUUUGAAGACUCUAGGAGAACAUGCAGUGAAAGACGCAAGCGGAAGUGGAGGAUCGGUGACUGCUGAUAAUGGAAAGAAAGGCCGCAGCAUAUCUUUAUGGUGGGUAAGUUCCCAGACUUCUCUUUAAAACACAAUGGAUCGGUUUCAACGAGUGGAUAACCAGAAUCAAAUGAAAAAAAGGGAAAUUACAAAAAAGAAACCAUCUGAGCUGCAACAAAUGUCAGCUCUGAGAAAGAAGGAUGCCAAAAAAAAAAAAAAAAGGAGGAAGAAUCUUUGUCAGCAGGUUGCGAAGGAUAAUAGGAGCACUGAAGCUCGCAAAGCUAACUAUAUACAGGAACUCCUGGAUUCGAAAGAACAGUUCUACUGGGUUACUUGGUCUAGUCAGAACUAAAAUGGGCGCUCAUGUCUACUCGAUUUGGGUUCUUCAAAGGAUAUGUCCUUUGAAGGUUAAGUCUAGGAUGAUAGGGGUAUCGAAGUUUCUUAAUUUGAAUUCUAGUUACAACUUCUGUAUACAUUCGCCCAUGUAAUAUAAAUUUGAAAAUUUUCUUCGCUACUGCCAUUUUAUUUUUUUCGUUGACUGACGGCGGCCCUGAAAGCAGUCAGCCUCCGCAUAAGGUUACUAUUGCAUCUUUCAUAUUUGGCUGUAUGAAGAUGACUGUGCUGUCAUAGUAAAACUCUUUUUACCGGUU